AUGGACAGCAACAAUCCUUCCCUGCCCCGUAUUGUGAUUGAUCUUACAUCACCUCAAUCCCCCCAGAUCUCGUGCGCAUUCUCACCAUUGACUCCCACGACAGCAAACCGGCCACCAGGACAGUCGCAGAUGGACUGGCACUCCAGUAACACCCAUCCAUCCUUCCACUCCGUCCUGCGCCAUCUGCAGACACCGCUCUGCCCUCUCGUCUCCAGCACCACCGGCUUGCAGCACCCUGAUUUCCCCAAGACCCUCCUCGCAUACCACCUGUUAACCUCACAGCAGCUAGACGACCUCGCCCGUCAUUUCCACCAGGUAUGGCCUCCGCUGCCAGCAACGAUCAGCUAUCCGGUGAUGAUUCGCGCAUGGAUAGGUACCGAGGACGAGGACAUGGUCGAUCUACAAACGAAACGGCGGCGAUUCGGUCACUUCAUCGGGCUUCGGGGUUGCGAGUCUCCUACCGUGACUGAGCGCCGAGGGUCGCUAUCCAUUUCGAUUCAAGAAACUGAGAAGACAGGCGAGGAGCUACUGGAAUGGAUGCAGCGGGAAUGGGAGCAGAGUCUCUUACGGGCGCAGCAGGACGAUCCGGACGCCAUUCUACGGUGGAAAGCUGGGGGAUGUUGA